GUUUAAGAAGUGAUGUCCACUGUCAGUUGUUAUCUUAGGUUCGUUUUAGUCCCGCUCCCAUUUUUUGUCUCAUCAUCGUUGUGAAAUUUAUCGCUUAACAUAACAAUAUGACUUUGGUGACUGGGUGUAGAUUUAGUUAGUUGAUUUUGUGCACGUGAGAUAUCGAUCAUUCGAUGAAGCGGGAAAUGGUAACACUUUGACAUGGCCGACGAUGGACAAUGUUGACAGGUUGAGGUCACGUGAGGACUAUUUUAAUUGAAGUUGUUCUUGAAGGAAAGAUCACAGGUCAGAAGGGUGGAGAAUGUGUGAGAAAAUGCUUUGAAAUGAACAUGGAAUAAGUUGAAAAGAACACCAACACAGGGGUGAGUCAGAUGAGAGACCACAAUGUCUCCAGUCACUCCACUUCUGCUGAUGAUGACCCUCAGCCUGACCGUGACUCAGAUCCUAUCAGAGUUGUGUCCCCCUGGUUGCACGUGCUCGAUCGACGGCUGGAGACGCACGGCCAACUGUCGGGGAGGCUCCCUCUCCUCCAUCCUCAACUCCCUGACCCCGGAGUUCACGUCUGUCAUCAUCAAGAUCACCGCCAACGCCCGCAACCUCCAGCCGUCCCACUUCCAACCGAUCUCCCACAUUCCUCUUACGCAGCUCGCUAUCGACGAGUCGUGGGUCAACCGAGUCGAGAGUGGGACAUUUGAGACUCUGACUCGACUCCAGGAGCUGAGCCUGCGUCAUAAUAUGCUGUCGACUGUCUCGCCCGACGUCUUUCUCGGACUCUCGAAUCUUAAAAAGCUGAAUCUGUCAAACAAUCGAAUCAGGAGCAUAGAGAACAUGCUGGAUUCUCUGUACAGCUUGGAACACUUGGAUCUCAGCUACAACCAGCUGGACGACUUGCGCACCGGAGUGUUCAGGUCGCAGUUACAUUUGGUUUCGCUCCGAUUGGACGGAAACAGUUUACACAAUCUCCACGGUUACGUGUUUCAAGGCUUGCAGAAUCUCAAGUACCUGAGUUUGCGAAAGUGCAACUUGAUGGUCAUCACAAGUGAUAUGUUUAGUAUCGUGCGGAGCAUAACGACCCUUGACCUCGGUCAAAACCACAUCACAGAAUUACCAAGGUCGCAGGAGUUUCGAAAUCUGCCAUCUCUGCAGAAUCUGUUCUUAGACAACAAUGAGUUAACUACGUUCAAAGAUGCUCAAUUUUCUGGAAUAACACUCGAUACACUAAAUGUUUCUAGAAACCGAAUUACCAGCUUAUCGAGUGAAACUUUUAUUCAUUUCAAUGUGAGGGAGAUUGAUUUAUCAUACAAUGCUCUCUCAAGACUUCAGGAUAGUUUCCUACGACCAACUGCACCUCAGUUGGAACAUUUAAACCUAGCAGGAAAUCCAUUAAGACAUAUACGCAAACUUGCAUUCGAGGGACUCUACAGACUUAAAUUACUGAAUCUGUCCUCGUGCACGUUAGAAACACUAGACGAAAACAUGUUCAGUAGUUUACAAAACAUGAAAACAUUAGACCUCUCUUGGAACAGUCUUCAGUAUGUUCCAGACAAGAUUGUCUCAGUUUUCAAUAAACUCGAGUCCUUGCAACUGAGCCAGAAUUACUGGAAGUGUGACUGCAGAAUCAAGUCGUUGAGGAGCUGGUUGCAGGGCGACAAAUCCUUGUUCAUCAUGGCCUGCCUCCCGCAGGAUCUGUUAACCGAACAGUGUUCGAAACCGAAAUGUUCUAUGCCCACCCAGCUGACAAACACGCCCAUCGCCAUGGUGAAGGAGAAGAACGUUCUCGAGUGCGAUCCUGCCUCGGAGGACAAACACCUUCCGGUGGGCAUCCAGGUUGCCAUAGUGAUUCCCUGUCUGAUAGUCGGUGUGUGUCUUUUAGUCCUGACAGUCUUUCUGUGGAGGCGGGGCCGGACGAAGCAGCAUCUCGAGAAGGGGUGUCUCAAACCGAUGACUGAGAGCUCUCACUUCGACGUCGAUCGGAAGAUUAAGCCGUUCAUGGACAGCGACAUCCGCUCGCUGGCCGAGUCUGAUAAGAGUUACGUGUUUAAGAACUAUUUUCAGACGAUGCGCAAUCUCCCUGACAAACCUCUGACACCGUCGCAGAUUAUUCCGUCGGUGACGUCGCAGAGAGAUAUCGACAGUGUGUACUCGUCACAACCGUCGCUGUAUAGUGCGAGUAGCAUUACAGCGCCAAUACAUGUACAUAUUGCCAGGGAGUCGACUGUGUGAAAAAUAUUUACUAAUUAGAGGAUAUUUAAAGGGCUGUUCACAAUUGCAAUUUCUUUUUAAAGGAUGCACAUUAAUAUUUACAAGCUGUUUAGCUUGGGGAGGUGGUUGAUAUGAUAUCAGCAUAUAUAUAUGUUUAUACAUAUAGUGUUUUCCCUAGCUUGUUUUAGCAUGAUGCAGCACCAUGCCUCAAUAGUCUAGUACCAUCUUGCCUUAAUUAGCACCAUGCUGC